AUGCACUGCCAAUUCAGAUACUUGAUAUGGAUUUGGAUCCUGAUGAUCAAGAUAUUUAUGAGCUAAAAGUCUCCAAGUAUCAGAAUGAGGACACCAGAAGAGCAAUUAUAAGACUUGAACAGGCUGCUUACUCAUACAUGCAAAGAGACAUCGCUUCACAUGGCGCUUUUGCUAUUUUGUAUGGUAGACGUUCAAAACAUUACAUCAAGAAACCUGAGAUUCUGCUUGGUAGAUCAACAGAAGACCUCAUCGUGGACAUUGAUUUGGGAAGAGAAAAGGGUGGUAGCAAAAUAUCUCGUAGGCAGGCCAUCGUACGUUUGGAAGAUGAUGGUUCUUUCCGUAUGAAAAAUCUUGGGAAGUAUCCUAUUUCGGUAAAUGAGAAGGAAGUAGAUCCUGGACAGAGUUUAGUCCUAAAACCCGAUUGUCUGAUUGAGAUACGGGGAAUGAUAUUCAUCUUCGAGACAAACGAAACACGCGUCAAGGAAUACCUGAAUAGCAUCGAGAAGGUUGAUCGAGAUGGGUAAAUCCCAGAUCGAUUUUACGAGCUUCUUCUUGUACUGAUCAAGAAGGUGUCUGUUUUUAUAGGUAGCCUUGGUAAUUAUUAUUAUUACCCAUGCCAUUUUCUCGUACUAAUGUUUUUGUUUGUAGCUUGUUUUUUUUUUACCUAAGUACCUUGCCGCAGGGCAGGAACCAUCGUUCAGACCGAACUAGGGUGUCUUCUUACAUCUAUGGUUGACGAC